AUGUUCGUUUGCGUGUCCAUUCUCGCAACAUCUACUCGCUCAGUCACUCGCUCAGCCGCUCAUCGCCUGCCGCGACUCGUCACAUCUUUGACAACUCCUUUAUCUGGCUCGAACGUCGUGCCGCUGUUCCGCUUCCCAUUGCGCGACCCACCUCGAGCUUGCUUUUCGCUUACACCCACACUAGCCAGCGCUUACUCCGGUGAAGGCGCCGAGGACGAUUCCAGCAUCAUGUCCACCUCCUACCCACUUCAGCCCUCUGAACCAGUCGAUCCGGUUCACGGCCCUUCGAAGACGCAGAAACCCAUCAACGUCAACGCUAACGGCGAUGCGAACGGUGCCUACAUCACAGAUGCUCAUUCCCGUCAGCAAAACAAGACAGCUCCUCUCCUACCAGCCGAUCCGCUCAAGGGCAAGAUCGACAAUGCAAAAAAGCAGCAGCUGCUCGCGCGAGAUUUCCGCUCUGACACCAUCACAGCGCCCACCGAGUCCAUGAUCCGCGCCAUGGCAGAGGCAUCUCGUGGCGAUGAUGUAUAUGGCGAGGAUGACACCACCAACUCGUUCCAGGCCGAGAUCGCCGCCCUUACUGGCAAAGAGUCGGCCAUCUUUGUUCCUUCGGGCACGCUUUCCAACCAGCUUGCGUUUCGCACCCAUCUCCAUCAGCCGCCGCACACUGUCCUCUGCGAUACUCGCUCCCAUAUUCACCGCUAUGAAGCAGGUGGCAUCGCUUUCCACUGUGGUGCUUCCACCGAGAUUGUCGCCCCAUCCAACGGUCACCAUCUACGAUGGGAUCAAGAUAUCAAGCCAAACCUCAAUCUCAGCGACGAUAUUCACUUUUCGCCCACACGCAUCAUCUCGCUUGAAAAUACUCUCAACGGAACCAUUUUUCCUCAAGAUGAGAUUGUCAAGAUCUCAACGGAAGCGCGCAAGCUUGGCUUGAUCAUGCACUUGGACGGUGCGCGUGUCUGGAAUGUUGCUGCCGAGACGGGUCUUUCGCUCAAGGAGCUAUGCGAUCCUUUCGACACAGUGUCUUUGUGCUUGAGCAAAGGGCUGGGUGCUCCUAUCGGAAGUAUCCUCGUCGGACCUUCUCAGUUUAUCAAAAAGGUGCGACACUUCCGUAAGCUCUACGGUGCCGGUGUACGACAGGUCGGACCGCUUGUUGCAGCCGCGCGUGUCGGUGUGCUAGAAAACUAUCCGAAGCUUCAAGCCACGCACCAGCUGGCGCGCUACGCUGGACAGGAGCUUGAAAAGCUUGGCGUGCGUCUGACAGCUCCUGUCGAGACGAGCAUGGUUUUCCUCGACACUUCGUCUAUUGGCAUUCCGAUUUCCGAGCUUGUUUCGCGCGCUGCUGCCUUGCCGGCUCCCAUCCAGCUCGGCGGCGGUCGAAUGGUGGUUCACUACCAGAUUGAGAAACAGGCGAUCGACGACUUGCUCGACUUGAUUCGCGUCAUGAAGAAGGAAAAGGCUGACGGAACGGGACCUGCCAAUGCAGCUGCUGCCGAUAGCGGAGCAGGUCUCUACUCGAACAACAUGACGGGCGGAAACACCGCAUCUGCCGCCACCACCAAGACCAACGGCUCCCUGUCUCACGUCCGGUCGUCCUCGAGUAGCGAAAAUCGCGGCCUGGUCUUCCAGACCAUCGGCACAUGUUCACGCAGACCUUCCGACGAGAUGCGACACAGCGUCUCGCUCGUGCUCCCCUUUCCCGACCGUCAAUCCGCUCUCACCCUGCAACAGUCCAUCUCGGUCGACAAGGAACUCAAACCCAAAGAGGUUCGAAAGGAAUUCACCAUCCUCACGCGCUCAUCGUCUUCUGCAACGGUCGAGUUGGGCGUCAAGAUCUUCGCCACCACCGUGAGGCAGCUGAGGUUGAGCGUCAAUGCGUUUUUGGAGGAUGCCAGCUUGGUGUGUAGGACAAUGGCCGAAUUCGAUCCGUUGCAGAAAGGCAUUGAUGAGCUCAGCAAGAUGCACUUGGAGGACGAGUUGGAGCAGGGUUCCGUCGGUGUGGCUGGUUAA